AUAAAAAGGAAAAGCAGGCGAGGAAGACGUUUUCCCCGCGGCCGCUCGGGUGGGAUUGAGUGGGGUUUCGAGUUUCCUAGGAUGGCAGUGACUUCCCCGUGGGCUGUUUGGUGGGCGGUGUUUGGGACUCUAUGCUAAUGCAGCUUUCCUGGCAGGGAGCGCAGCCCUGUCUCAGCGGCAGCGCUCUGCUGACAAGCGAACCCGCGGCGAGAGCCUGCGGCGGAGCCUGCCCAUUGAGCUCACCGUCGUGACAGGAACUCCCUGGCUUUUGCUCUUCCCAUCGUCACCUCCCCGCCGGUUUUGUCACCACCGCCAUGUGCCUCUGACACCAUGGAGAUGAAGGACUCCGGCAGCGUGGUGCUGACAGCCUACCAUCCCCGCAGCCCGGCCCGGAUGGCGGGCGUGGAGCAGAGCUGCGCGCAGGACCUCCCCGCCGGCCGCUCGCCCGGCAGCAGGAAGUCUCUGCCUCGGUGUCGGAGGAUUAACAGGAUGCUGUCCAGCGAGUCCACAUCUCCUCCUGCGUUCAGCCGCUCCAACUCGCAAGCCUCCAUGGACAGCACCUCCAUGGAAGACUUUUGGUGUGAAGUGGAGAGCAUCAAGGAGAGCAGUCAGGAUGCAUCUGAAGAAGCAAUGCUUUUGGAGUUCAAGCCUGCAGAUGAAGGGGAGCUGGAGGCGGAAUGGCUGCAAGAUGUGGGGUUAUCGACGUUGAUCUCGGGAGCUGAAGAGGAGGAUGGCCAAGCCCUGCUGUCCACUCUGACCAGAACUCAAGCUGCUGCCGUGCAGAAGAGGUACAACACCUACACUCAGACCCUGAGGAAGAAGAACAAGCACACGGUCCGGGACGUGCGCGACAUCUUCGGCCCCGGCGACUCUUCGCCAACGUUUGAGACUGUUCCAGUGUCACCAGUCCCUUCUAACGGUAUCCAGCUCCCUGGGCAGAAGGCAGUUUGGAAAUCAGUUAGCUCUAAUAGCUGUCUAGACUGUGGAUUAGAUAAGGGCAGCCCAUCCGUAACAGAAGAACUCUCCUAUGAGGUCUCCUUCUCAGAAUCCAUUUCGGUCCUUCCAAAAACUCAAGAAUGGCCCAAAAACCAGAGGUUCAAAAAGGAAGACUCUGCUUUGCCUGAAUUCGUUGUCCGGAGGAGCCGCUGCGGCCUGACGGAGGUUGGGGACCUCUCUGCUGAAGACAUGAAGAAGAUUCGCUACCUCUCCCUGCUGGAGCUGACAGCCUUCUACGAUGCGCUGGGCCUGGAGCUCAAGAGGAACCGCGCCGAGAGGGUGCGGGGACGAGAAAAUGGUCUGUUUGGGGUCCCACUCAACAUACUGCUGGAGAAUGACCAGAAGAAGGUUCCUGGAAUUAAAGUUCCCCUCAUCUUUCAAAAAUUGCUGCUCAAGCUUGAAGAAACAGGAUUAGAAACUGAAGGAAUUCUACGAGUGCCUGGAUCUGCCUCUCGAGUCAAGAACCUCCACCAAGAACUUGAAGCAAAAUUCUAUGAAGACACUUUUGACUGGGACCAAGUACGAAACAACGAUGCAGCAGGACUGCUGAAAAUGUUUAUAAGAGAGCUGCCAAGCCCGCUCUUCACAGUAGAAUAUCUCCCUGCUUUCAUCACACUAGUGGAAAAAAUCUCCAAGAUCAAGUUACAGCUUCAAGCUUUGCACCUGUUGAUCAUGCUGCUGCCUGAAGCCAACAGAGAUACAGCCAAGGCCUUUCUUCAGUUCCUGAAGAAGGUGGUGGCUAACGAGGGGAAAAAUAAAAUGAACUUGUGGAAUGUUUCUAUGAUUGUGGCACCAAACCUCUUCAUCUACAAAGGGAAACGUGCAAACCAACAGGAAAUGCAAGCGGCCGCCACCACGGCGCACAUCGUGCGGCUUCUGAUUCGGUACCAGGACAUCCUGUGGACAGUCCCAUCUUUCCUGAUUUCCCAAGUGAGAAAAAUGAAUGAGGCAGCAAUGAACAACAGCAAGAGGCAGCUGAUGUUUGACAAAGGAGUGAGAAAACUUCUGAGGAGGAAGACCAUGGACCGAGAGAGACCUGAGAGACCAGAGGGGGGUGUCACUUUCCCACCAUACCUGCAGUCUGACAUACCCGAAGGAGUGAUAAGAGUUUAUGCUCCUCUACAUUCAAAAGUCUCCAUGGCAAUUCAGCUUAAUAGCCAAACAAAAGCCAAAGACAUCCUGGCUCGGUUCCGCUGUGAGAACAGCCAUGGAUCAUCACCGAAUGUGAGGGGCCAGAUCCAAAGUUUACACGAAAUUGGAGGAAAUAUAGGGCAGCACUGUCUGGAUCCAGAUGCGUACAUGUUAGAUGUUUACCGUGCAAACCCUCAGGCAGAGUGGGUGAUCAAGCCAAAAGCAAGCUGAAGCUGAAGGCUGUGGCACGCUGGACAGAAGCCAGACGGGCAGUGAGGACGCCUGUCAUUUGCAGAAGCUCUUGGCAGAGAGGAAACCAAAUGGUAGCUACAGGACAUCCUUCCUUCCUGCUGCACUGUCCCACCUGAUGGUCAUCAUGUACUACUUUUGGUAUAAGCUUUAUCACUCCAGCUUCUGGCCCACUGGGAAACAUCCCAUCAGUUAUGCUUUUGUAUGGAUACAGUCGUGCCAGCUGGCCCAGGAGUUAAGGAGCACGGACCAAGGUACGGUGCGCAGAAGACAACCUGUCACAUAUGGAGUUGGUUUUUCUCCUGACCUGGUGUCAGAACAUGAGGUUCUGGGGAGGAAUCCAGUGGCAUCCAAGGAUGCACACAACACUACCGACCCCAGAAGCCUUGUGGAGAAGUUUGAGAAGGUAAUCUGCCAAGCAUGGAAGAGCAGAGCUUGCCCUGCAGUAGUGCCAAGGCAUGGCUGGGUGACAGAAUCAAACCCUUCUCUGGCAGUAAACCUGUACAGGGUGCUUUACUGUGAUAUUUAUGUCUCUCAGCCACUGCUCACAUGGAGCUGAUGCUGGGGGAGGAAGGGAGGGAGUGACACAGGAGGAAGAACUACUGUACAGGCAGCUAGGCUGCUUGAUGUACAAAUCACUACCAGUCUUCCAGAAGCAUCUGCCUGGAUCGCAUUGCUGUGUGCAAACCACUUUCUCCUUCCUUCUCCUGUCCCACACACACACUUCAGGAGACAAAAGCCAAGUGAGAAGGGGCACAGCUCCCCUGCUCUACCUUCUACUUGACACACUCAGAUUUCAGUCUGUGUUAUGCCAUAAUAUUAAUUAAUGAUGCCACUUACAGCCAGCAUCCUCCCCCUCCCUUUGUUAACAUUAUAAUAUCUUCAUUUGUAGCCUAAUUCAUUUUCUUUUGUUUAUUUUAGCUUUAAUACAUAAGCAACUUUUAUACUAUUUGGCUGCGUUGAGCAGAGAGAGAUCUUUGAAUCUUGUAUGAUACAGCAUGGAGAAAGCAAAGAGCUUCCAGUGAGCAGAGGGAUUUAAACCUCUCACUUAAUAUUUACAAGUCAAUUACUCUUAAAACAAAAGCCAAAGCAGGCCCAGUUGUGCCAGGGGCAGUUUACAAACACAUCACAAAGUGCAGCUCUAUCUAUAGCUGGUCUGUGGAAACACACAGGGUCAUAAGAGGACGUUGGGCUGUGAUGGCUUUGGCAAUGCAGCACAGCACACUAAGACCUGCUCUAGUUAAGGAUGAUCAGCAACUGACUAGACCUGGUCUAGUUGCAGAUGUCCCUGAUGCUGGGGGGGAGGGGGGGAUGGGACCAGCUGACCUUCAAAGGCCCCUUCCAACUCAAACCGUGCUAUAAUCACAUCUCAUUGGUCACAUUUCACCCCAUCCUCUUGGUUUGGCUUAGACUUUCUAGAACUAAAGUGUGUUUGUGGAGUAGGGAGAUCUCAUCAGUUCCUGGAAAACAGAAACUAUUCCUUGUAGCUUCAUAUCUUACAUAAAAAAAAGGAAACUCACGUCUUCAACUGCUCUCCAACGGCUCCAUUCUUGGAUGCUGAUGCCACACAACAAAGGCUGCUGUGAAGAAAGGCUGAGAGAGCCUGCAGAAGAGAAGGCUCCGAGAAGACCUUCCUGGGGCCUUUCAGUAAUUAAAAGGAUAAGAAAGCCAGGGACAGACUUGCAGAGCCUGUUGUGAAAGGACAUGAGGUGAUUUGAACUAAAAGAGGGAGAUUCAGACUACAGAGAAGGAAAACAUUUUUGACAGUGAAGGUAGUUGCCCAGAGAGGUGGCAGAACCCCAUCAAGGUGGGGUUGGAUACACUCUGAGCAACAUGAUCUAGUUGAAGAUAUUCCUUUAAAGGUCCCUUCGAACUCAAACCAUUCUAUGGUUCUAUGAACUUACCCACAUGGCCUGAUCAGGGCUUUUUGUUCCUGAUCUGGACACACCACAAGAGGCAGGAGCCGGUGCUCAGGUUUAGCAGGUACCCACACAAAACCACUCUGAGCCAAGCCCUCCAGGAGAACACAAAGCACACUGCCCUGCUGAGAAAGCCUGGGACUUGUGAUGCUCUGCUGAAGCUGCCUGCUGAAGCCUGUAACAUCUGCAAACCCUGCUGCUGGGUCAGAGCCGAUCGCGGUCUGCGGUAAUUAGCGCUCAUUGUCAGCGCUCAGUGAACGACACUGACAUCGAACCAGCAGUUUUACUGAUCAGCAAAUCACUAAUUUCUAGGGAGGAGAGAUCCCAUCUUCCUUUCUCACCUGCUUGAGCUAAAAGAUGGUGAAAUUUAACAUCAUUAUCCUUUACUUUUCCCUAAACCAGUGUAAUUUGAAAGCCUCUUUUUUGUUCCCUUAACAUGACUGGAUGCAUAGCUGCAGCCAGGAAAAGACCAGGACAAUGUCUUCUAAAAGGCCCUGCUUACUUUGACAACUAUUUAUUUGCACUGUGUCAAAGACAGUAGAGCUGUUUUGGUCAUAAAACAUCAACAUUUUGUCAA